UUGGAAUGAUUGAUACGUCCGUUUAUACCACAUCCCCGUUGAGCCUUUGGCUACAUCACACGGCUGUCAUGGUUAUUUCAGUGGACGCCUCCAGAAAUAUUUUUUUCCUCUAAAUUCGGUUCACACGCAGGCAUCCCCUCUCCGCGUGCGGUACCUUGCGACCAGCUUGUGAGCGAGCGACGCCGCGCUUCCUCCCCGGCUGAGCGGCGGCAGGAGAAUGGCACUGUGCUGGACGGCUUAUUUGUCCUCGGUGGUUUAUUACGACUUUAAUUAGCUGAUAACACGCGUUUGACGUUUACGACAGGCCGGCUUGGGAGCGACGCUAAACACACCGCUCCGAUUAUGGAAAAGGAGUGCAGGUUUAAAGACCUCUGAUCAUAUAGGCUUGCCUGGUGGCUAAUCAGGCAACAGCCAGGCUCAUUAAGGGGGGAGACGUACAGUGAGACUGGGAGACCCUCUUAGCACACGUGCACUGCUUCACUGACCCCUCUCCAACCUCCGCAUCAUGUCUAUCCCCAGCGGCAGCCCAGAAAGAGAGGGCUCUGGUGGGGCUCCCCCUCAGCUCGAGUGCCCCUCCUCCCCAACUGGCAUGGAUCCAGACCCCUCAUCGAAUGGCAGCCCUGUGCUCAGCCCAGAUUCCUCUUCCCAUGAUGCAGUGCUGUCAGCACCUGCAGCCUCUCCAGCAGACUCGGAGAACCUUAGUCCUGAUGAAUUGGAGCUGCUGGCCAAACUGGAGGAGCAGAACAGGUUGCUGGAGGCUGAUUCCAAGUCCAUGCGUUCUAUGAGUGGCUCGCGACGCAACAGUGGCUCCUCGCUGGUCUCCAGCUCCUCGGCCUCCUCAAACCUGUCACACCUGGAGGAGGACACCUGGAUCUUAUGGGGCCGCAUCGUCAAUGAAUGGGAGGAGUGGAGACGCAAGAAGGACAAACUGCUGAAGGAGUUGAUCAGGAAGGGCAUCCCUCAUCAUUUUCGUGCCCUCGUAUGGCAGCUGCUGGGCAAUGCCACCGACAUGCCGGUAAAGAACCAGUAUUCUGAACUGCUGAAGAUGUCCUCCCCCUGCGAGAAGCUCAUCCGCAGAGACAUUGCCCGCACCUACCCUGAGCAUGAGUUCUUCAAAGGCCAGGACAGCCUUGGUCAGGAGGUCCUCUUCAAUGUCAUGAAGGCGUACUCUCUGGUGGAUCGAGAGGUGGGCUACUGCCAAGGCAGCGCUUUCAUUGUUGGAUUGCUUCUAAUGCAGAUGCCAGAGGAGGAGGCCUUUUGUGUUUUUGUUCGUCUGAUGCAGGAGUACCGGCUGAGGGAGCUCUUCAAGCCCAGCAUGGCAGAGCUCGGUCUCUGCAUCUACCAAUUUGAAUAUCUGCUACAGGAGCAACUUCCGGAGCUGAAUGUCCAUUUUCGGUCCCAGAGUUUUCACACUUCCAUGUAUGCGUCCUCCUGGUUCCUCACCCUUUUUCUCACUUUCCUCCCUCUUCCUGUCGCCACACGCAUCUUUGAUAUUUUCAUGUAUGAGGGCUUAGAGAUUAUCUUCCGUGUAGGCCUGGCCAUCCUGCAGUACAACCAGACUGACCUCAUUCAGCUGGACAUGGAGGGCAUGUCACAGCAUUUCCAGAAGGUGAUCCCCCACCAGUUUGACAGCUGCCCAGACAAGCUGAUCCUCAGGGCCUACCAGGUCAAAUACAACCCCAAGAGAAUGAAGAAACUUGAGAAAGAAUACACCACCAUCAAGAACAAAGAAAUGGAGGAGCAAAUUGAAAUUAAGAGGUUACGCACAGAAAACAGGCUGCUGAAGCAGAGGAUCGAGACUCUGGAGAAGGAGAGUGCUGCUCUAGCAGACAGACUGAUACAGGGUCAGGUGACAAGAGCGCAGGAAGCAGAGGAGAACUACGUGAUCAAGCGAGAGCUGGCAGUGGUUAGGCAGCAGUGCACCACAGCCAGCGAGAGCCUCGAGAAAGCACAGGACACCAUCAGAGAGCUACAACAACAGAGGUACACAGAACAGUUUGUGAGCAAUCUGCAGACCCAGCUGGAGCAGUCGAGGCUCCGCGAGGCCGAACUGCUCGGAGCACUGAAGGAAAUGCAAGACAAGGUGCUAGAUCUGGAGAAGAGGAGCAGCUGCCUGCCAGAUGAGAACAACAUGGCAACCCUGCAGGAGGAGGUGAAGCAGAUGAAGCUGAGGGAGUUGGAGACACUGCGCUCAUUCAGAGAGAUGCAGGACACGGUCACUGAGCUGAACCAGCGUUGGCAGCAUCAUAUGUCCCGUAGCAGCAGCACUGGUGGUGGUGGCGGGCACUGGAAGGAAUCACCAAAGAAGAACGCCAUGAAUGAGUUGCAGGACAAACUGAUGACAGUUAGACUGAGGGAGGCUCAAGCCCAGGCUGAGCUCCGUGAGGUUAAACUGAAAGCCCUGCAGCUGGAGAGCCAGAACCAGAUUCACAGCAAACUGAUUGGACGCCACGAGCAGGAACGCUCUGCCCUGCAGGACCGACUCCAGAUGCUGGCCAAUCAGAACAAAGCUCUGCAGGCCCAACUCAGCGAGAUGAAAAGGAAACAGGCAGAGUCGGACUGCAAGAGUAAAGAGGAGGUGAUGGCUGUGCGACUGAGGGAAGCUGACAGCAUGGCUGCAAUGGCUGAACUCAGGCAGAAGAUUGCUGAACUCGAGAUUCAGAAGGAGGAAGGGCUGAUCCAGGGCCAGCUGAACCACUCUGACUCCAGACAGUACAUCAAUCAGCUCCGGGACCAGAUUGCUGAGCUCAAGAACGAGAUCAGGCAGUUGCGAGGGCAGAAGGCGACCCUCAGCUCCAGGGUCACCGGUGGAGGGGGAAGCACCACCUACCAGGAUCUCUGCCUGACCAGUCCCGCCUCUGCUGAGGGGGACUUUCUCAGCUCAGAUGAGGACCUCCUCCCCAGCCCACUGCCUGCCACCGCCCUCUACCCCAGUCUGUCUGGUCCCUGUCACCCGUCUCCACGCCUCGACAGUGAGGGCAGCACAGACAGCGAGGCAGAGGAGCGGGUGCAGACGCAUCCGGACCCACAGCAGCUAUAUGGCAGCAUCGUGUGUGCCGAGGCACUGGAUAACUGAAACCUGGAGAGGAUGCUGAGAUUUUUGUGACCUAAAGAGAAGCUGGAACUGGGACUGUAUUAUCCAGUCAAGUCCUCCUCCUUGGCUUUUCCAGUGUUUGUCUUUUACUUGAUACAGACAUAGUGGCAUUGAUUGGACCUCUUCUGAUCAUCACAACCUGUUGUCUCUGCUCCUCGUUGCUGUCUCCACUACUAUUUCCCCACACUGUCCGAUCCCUGACAGAGUGGUAAUGUACAACCUCUCUCCUUGUCCCCACGUGUAAAUGCGCUACAGACUGUCAAAAUACAUGUCCAUUAAACAAAAAAAACAAAUCACAUGAACAAAAUGUUCUGCUCGCUGCUCAAGAUCUACCACUGGACCUGAAUCUGUGACUGUGGCCACGAGUGAGUAGACAGAUGGGAAAGCUGUAAGCUUUAAGCUGAGUAAAAGAUAUUUAACACACUGUAUACUCUGGCCACCCUUCUAUAACUCUGCUCCCUGAUUAGUUCAGAGUUAAAUACAUCUUUAUUCUCCCUUUUCCCUUUUUAUGCCUCUCAUCCAUGUUCACUGCCUUUAGAUGAAACUUCUAGCAGCCAUCUGUUCCCCUCUGUGUUUAAAAAAAGAAACUUAAAUGGUGAUGAUUAUGCGAAGGAUUGGUCCAGCACAGGAAUACGCACACAUCUGUAUCAAACCGCAGGCAUAUCACAGAAAGGCAUUCCUAAAUGAAUCCUUAGCAUACUGAAUAUUUGUUUUGCCUGUGUGUGGCUUGCAGAAGGCAAGUGAGUUACACGCACAAGAGGUCAUAUUCACAGCAACCCACAAAAAGAAGAAACUUCGUGUUGCCAAAUCUUUUGUUUUCUUUUUUUUUUUUAAUUAUUUAUGUGCUGUAAUUUAUUUUGAUAUUGUUGAAUUUUUUUAUAUACCUAUAUGAAAUUGUAGGAGUGUAGAGAUACCGACAGAGGCCAAACUUUCUACACCGUCCUUUGUGCCAACUAGUCAUCUGUCACGGGCUCACUGUGACACCCGCCGAGUGAUUCAGAGACAGAAAACGUGCUGCUAUGAUUUCCAAGUUAUUUCUUCUGUUUUUCUUCUUACUGUUAUUUUUGUCCCAACUUUGCGAGGUUAACAUCCGACCUCCCAUUAACUCUGCCGUAGAUUAGUUGGACAAUUACUGUGUAGAGCAGUGAUGUCUGAAAAGUGAACUGUUCAACUUCCUCUCUGGAGCUUCUAAACAAAAGGGAAGUUUCAUUUAACACCAAACUAUGUUAUUUAUGAGACCACUCUGAUGUCUGUGUAAAGCUACAGCUAGGAGGGGGUUGGCUGAUUUCAUGCACAGCUCAUUUUUACACUUGAUCUUUUGUAUGGAUUAAAGGAAGACUGUAAUGUUUGCCAUACUGUGGUCAUAAACACCAUUAGAAAACCGGUCAUCAGUAAUAUUGGUAUGUUUGCUAGUAUGGUCUAAUCAUCAGCAAUUGGCCAUACUAAACAAUGCAGAUAAGGCUGUAGCUGCUAAUAAAACUCCUGUGAGUACUGAAGUCCUUAAUACUUCUUUAUAUUUGGACAGCACUGAGCUUAUGCUGUGCUAAGCUAACCCGUGCCCAUUACUUGGCUUGAUAUUUAACAGACAGACAUGAGAGUGGUUUCAUCCCCUCAUCAAACUAUUAUCCAAGUAAUCUGGCUCAUAUCACUUUCUGACAGCUAAAAUUGUGGGUCCAUGACAGCGGAGGGUCUUAACCUAAGGAUGCUAAUGUUAAAGGUUGUCAGGAUCUUCAUGACAGGAGAGAGUGUGGGUAGAAAAAUGUUUAACAUAUCAAACAAUAUAUUCUAUUUAGAAAAAUGGCUGUAAAAAUGAAUGGAAACAUAUGAAAUAUACUGUGUGACAGGAACAUAUAGAUGAUAUUUAAAGCUGUACUGGAGUGUGUAUAGUUUAUCAAACAGGGUGUUAUAUCUACAGAGCAGUGAUCUUUGCUUUUUGCACUACAGAGAAAGGCAGAUUCCCAGCUUGUGAUGCUAAGCUGGGAGCUCUGAUGUAGAUUCAUGGAGUCAUGGUGGGAUCAUUUUUCAUCAUAUUCAUUUCUUCGGAGGGACCUUACCAAGAUAAAAUCUUUGUAUUGUGUUUCUUCACUCUUUGGACCAACUGUUUCUAAAUCCUCUAGAGGCUUUCUGUUUCAUAACACAUCAUAUUUUAAUGUAAUGUAAUGCUAAUUAAAGAAUUAGAAGAACAGAGCAUUAUUGCCAUCUCCUCAGAAAUUAGGGAACUGGAUCUUCCAGUAAUGGCUAUUAAAGAGCUAGAGAGGAUGUCAGUUUGCCCACCAUACUGUUGCAAGUAACAGCUUUGUCAGUGAUGGGUGUAGCAACUGAAAUCUCUACCCUGGAAUCACUGCUAAGGUAUUGUCAAACCAAAUGACGGUUGUACCAACAUUUCAUUUGUACAGAUUGCUAUCUGCUCUCUUUAACAUGAGAUUUAGGCCCUUAGAUGUGUUUACUUUGUGCCAUAUUAGACUGGAUUUCAUACUUAUGGUCAUAAUCCUCAAGAAUUUUGAAUAUAACAGGCCCCAUUCAUGAGGACACUUUGAUUUCACUUUGAUUUAUGUAAGGCAGACAGUCCUCUAUGUAGAACUUUUCAUUACGGGGACAUGCUCUAAGGCAUGCUGUAAAUGGAAAAUAAUCUCAAAAUAUUGGAAAAAAGUUCCAUGAAACAUAGAGUGGUAGCAACUAAAUAAUCUGAUUUAUGUAGACCCACAAAGAGGCUAUAAUUUUCCUCAAAUAAAUAUGUGAUACAGAUGCAUUUCCAUGACUUCUUUUCAGGGUUUGCAGUUUAAAUAGCACUCUCUUAACACAUUAUCUUACUGCACUUUUGGCAGCAGUUUAAUGAUACAUAACUGGAAAAUGAGCUUUGAAUUUUACUCAAUGCUCAAAAUAUUGAAUGAAAAUGAUCAUUAAUUUGCCUUUUUAUUAACGACUCUGGACAAUUUGUCCACGUUUGCACCAUGAAUGAUGAAAAUUAGCCUAACAUUUACUUUCAUACGUUAAACAUGCUUCAAGCUAAACUUAAAACUUAUCAACCGUGACUUAAAUCUUAAGGAUUGGAUUUCAGAACAAAACACAUGGACCCAUAUCAGUAAUCAGGGUCCAUCAACACACCCGUACCACAGCUGUUCAGUGAUGGUGCUCUGUUCUCACCGCUGUCUGAGUGCAACUCUUAUCUACUGUGAUGAAACAUUUUGAUAUGUUUUGUAAAGCAGUUUUGAAUACGGUACGUUUCAUCCUUAAUAUUGUUUUUAGAAUUGCCAUCCAUACUUUGGCUUGUCCUAACAGCAUUACAUGAGAUGAUAACGAUUAAACAUCACGAUGUGCCAUAAAAGCAGAGAGAUUUACACACUUUGUUGAUUUACGUUUAGCAUUCGUCAGCCGAAUUUUCAAAUACGAUCACACUGUGUUGCUCCAGAUUUAUCAUCUUAAAACUGGAACGUCUGCCACAAGUUUCCCCAGAUUUAAAGCAGAAGAUUAAACAAAUACAGCGAGAGUUUCUCUUCUCAGAUGGUCUUAGUCUGGUCUAGAGUUUCUCAGAUUUAUGUACUGUAUGUGACGACUGUUUGAUAUCCGCAGCCGCAUCAUUCAUCAUCCACCCUCUCUCUUUCUCUAUCUCUCUCUUGCAGUUCAACUGAUGUUGUCAAAUAUAUUAAAUGACAGUAAAAAUUAUAUAAAUUCCAGUAUGAUGGGGAAAAAUACAUUUCAGUGUUCUGUAUCCUAUGAAUGAUACAAAAUAAACUUUGACAUUGCACCUUU